AUGUCCCUGUAUAACAUUACCGUACUGGGACUGGACGAUGGCACAUUCUAUCCGCUUCACAUCUCUGCUAUCGUCUGCAUGACCUGCAGUUUUUUCGCUUCCAUCAUCGUCACUGUAACGUCAUUCAAAACUCAUAAUAAAAAUUUCUAUGCUUGGUCCCGCAGUGAGCGCUUUGUGGUGUAUUUGGCAUUGUGCGAGAUGAGCUUCAACUUCAUCCAUAUGUUUGACCACGUUACCAUGUUGAUGGAGAAAGAUCAUGUCCACCCGUUGGAGCUAUGCCAGUUUUAUGCUUUCCUAAUGGUGCUUUUGAUGACGACUAAAAAUUUAAUUUUGGUCAUUAUUGCGAUAAACGCGUUCCUGUUGAUCCGUUUUCAGAAUCAGAUGGAAUUCGGUGUGAAGGAUUGGGGACUAUAUGUGUUUGUUCUGGGAGGUCCUGCAGUUAUAUGUACGAUAGCACUGUCUCUGAAGCAGUUUGGUCCAGCUGGUGCUUUCUGUUUGGUGAUCCCAGGCCUUGCUACGCUUCUAAUGACAAUACUGCCUUUUUUCAUCAUCCUAGUGGUGAACACAACCCUUUACUUGCUCACGUGGUUUCAUAUUAGGAGAGAUGCUCGGCAAAUCAAAAGCGUCAUCGGAGCGCAGGCACAGUCUGGUAAUUCCUAUAUCCAGGCGGCGAAAACCAUGACGAUGUUCAUAGCAGUUUUCACGAUCCAGUGGUGGGCGGCGACGGUUUACGGAAUCUGGCAAAUCACCACACAUAACGUGCCGUCUAUCGUGUAUAUAUUGGUUGUUAUUUUUACAAAUAUUGGAGGCUGCUUGAACUUGAUUGUGUUUAUUUCAAUUCAGAAAAAGCGCAGGCGGAUCCUGGCCCUAGACAACAGAGUUCAAACGGGGCAACUCCAUGUUCGGAAUCCUUAUCAAGUAAACACCCACAACUCAUUGGACAGAGUGAAAGUACAGAACACGAACUCCACAGGGACACACUCGUCCACGGAUAAACCUUUCCACCACUCUUUACCAAACACCUCUGUAUAAUAUAGCCUCGGACCUAAACACCUCAUCUCGGCGAGAUUUGGUUUGACUGUGAUACUCUUAAACAAACUCCUCUGUUUAGUAACUUCGAAUUUUCGGACUUAAACA